AUGAACGUCAUGUUCCUGGUCUUUGCUGGGUUCAACCCGCCUGCUGCUGCCAUCCCGGACCGUUACCAAUGGCUCCAUGACGUCACUCUACAGCGCUAUUCUCUCCCGAUCCUCGUCUCGCUUGUGUUCGGCAACUGUCCUGAACAUCCGGUGUAUGAUGAGGUUACGAAGGGGUACACCAACGUGCGGUCGGAACUCGCGUGUUAA